AUCCAUAAUGAGGUCUGGUGCCCUCUUCUGGCAUGCAGGCACAUAUGUAGACAGAACACUGUAUACAUAAUAAAUAAAUAAAUCUUUUUAAAAAAAAUCUCAGAAAUACCCCAAGUGGCAGAAGGAAUGUUAGUCUAUUUGUCUGUCUAGAACCCGAUCAUCUUUGUCUUUUACUCCCUUUUGAAGGAUGCAUGUGAACUCCAUGUAGCUGGAAUCCCUUCUUCCCACCAGGGGCUGCUCUGUUCAGUUCACCCACCUCCUCCACUGUACACAAUCACCCAUGGAUGUCAGCAGCUCCCUAAGUCUUUCUGGGCUAGUCACUUCUUCAUCAAAGCAAGCAUCCCUCAUGACCUCGUCGGCAUCUGUGUCCACCAACUUCUCACCAACCAUAGUGAGGGACACGGUGAGAUUGACGGAGCCUGGUGCCUCGUUCCUCACGGUGUCCAGAUAGCCAUCAGCUAGAUUUCCCUCCAGUGAAGCAGGGACACCAUGCAACUCUUCCUUGUCCAGGAAGCCAGGCCGGUUCUAGCAGAUCACAUUAAAGGUUUCCUUUACCUCCUCGUGAUUGGUCAAACCUUGAAAACACACUGGGCAUCGUGUUGCUGAGGGCACCUCUUGAUCUUUGCUGUUGACCUUUUGCUUGACACGGUGAUGGUUAAGAACCUGCACAGCCAACGGAAUCAGAACACCUUUGGCAAGCAGUGCUCUACAUGUUACUGUCACCAUUCUGCUAAACCAGCAUGCCCCCACUGAACCGACACCUCCAGCAUCCACUAGCAGACUGGCAGACAGCUCAGGUUUUCUAGUCAAGAGUGAAUCCUGUAAGGAUGCUGUCUAUGGAGAGUUAAUAGCAAAAAGGGAGACAUCAAAUCCCUGGUGUACCCCUUAUGCCCUCUAGAUGUCUAUUCUAUUCGGAAAGAAAGUUAAGAAGAUGCUGAGCUGUGUGAUGGACAAGCCUCAGGGAAAAGUGUGCUGGCCAAAAAAAUGUACAAACAAGGUCCAUUUUUUGUGGGUAGAGUUUUCCAUCAGGGCCUCCAUUCAGCUCUGUCCCACCAGCUGGCUCUUAGAUAACCACACUGAGACUUAUUAUUAAUUAUAAAUGCUCAGCCAAUAUCUUAGGCUUGUUACUAACUAGCUCUUACAUCCUAAGUUUUCUUAUCUACUCUCUACCACAUGGCAGUACCUUUCUACAGCUUGGCAUGUUCAUCUGCUUCCUCCGUGUCUGCCUUGAGACCCCACCCUCCUUCUUCCCCUUAGCUCUCUUUUUGUCCACAAGUCCUACCUAACCUCUACCUGUCUAGCUAUAAAUUGGCCAUUAGCUCUUUAUUAAUCCCAUCAGAAGGCUCCUUGGUAAAGACACAUUUUGGAAGUGUACAAAAAGAUUAUUCCAGCCAGGCAGUGGUGGCGCAUGCCUUUAAUCCCAGCACUCAGGAGGCAGAGCCAGGUGGAUCUCUGUGAGUUCGAGGCCAGCCAGGUCUACAGAGCGAGUUUCAGAAUAGGCUCCAAAGCUACACAGAGAAACCCUGCCUCGAAAAAAACCAACAAAAAAAGAUUACUCCAUAUAAGUUUUAAUGUGAGGGACAUUAAGCGCUCACUAAUUAAUCACAGACAAGGAGGCACUAGGUCCCCGUCUUCCCUCGCUAGAUCCUGGCACCUUCUUACAUGGGGCCCUUUUUAGUUUAUCAUAGGUUGAAAAAUUACAAUCUACUAAGCGACUAUGCCCGUGAAAAGGAAAGGGAUGAGAUCUUGAGUCCCAGAAAACUGAGAAAUUUGCGAUGGGAAUUACGCUAGACAAGAAGGAAAAAAAAAAUGUACUUCCCUGAAAUAGACUUCACAAGGACAGGCAGGGAAGGGUUCGGCUCGAAGCUGGAUGGAGGGAGCAUGGGAAAGAAUCCCCUUAUGCUGUGGGACCUGAAGAGUCCCUGGUGGAGUGACAGCAAGAGCCCUAAGACCCUGGCGAGUGGGGGAUGGGGACGUGGAAGUUAGUUCAAUGUCUUGAAGCUGACCGUUUACCUGACUGCGACUAUACCCCUGCAGAAUCAUGCAAGGAUAUAAGAAACGGCAGGGAAUGAAAGAUUGGAUCAAGCUGUUGCCAGAGCAACAGAAUGGGGUGGGUGGGGGACAGCGACUUAAUUCUGUCUCCAUAGAGGUUGCGCGGGUUGAACAUCAACAUUCCUAGAUGCACGCGCCAGGAUGCGACAGCCGAGGUCUGGAGCCAGCCCUCAGACACAGGUUGGCCACUAUGCUUUCUGAUCUCUAAUCCUGCCUGCUCUGAACUGUAUAAACCGAAGACUCGUCCCUGAACCUAGGGUGUAGUUCUCCAGAAUUUUCGGGGUAAGGAAAGGGGGUAGCUGAGCUGAGGGAGCGGGUUAGCCCGGGCCUCAAGCCAUGGCGCCCAAGAAGAAGCGCGGGACAAGCGCUCACAAGCAGGUGAGCGACAAUGCAGAGGCCCCGCUCUCCGAGCGCGCGCAGUACCUGCAGCGCGAGUACUCGCUGCUCUCAGAGAAUCUAGUGGCCUGUGAGAAGCGGGUGGACCAGGUGAUGCAGGACAAUGCGUUCUUGAACCAAGAGGCGAAGCGCUUGCGCGAAGAAAACCGGCUUUACGCCAGUUACGUGAGCGCGCACGCGCAGCGCUGCGCCAACACCAUCGUGCGCCUCGAGGACCAGAACCGCAUGGACCUGGCGCAGAUUCGGUGGCAACGAGCCGAGCUGGCGUCGCUUUACCUCGGGCGCGAGGACGGGGUGCGUGCACAGCUGCUGGAAAUGAAGAUGCGCGCGGAAAACAUGGCCCAGCAGGUGCAGGAGCUGCAGCCCUACAAGGAAUUGCAGCUGGAGCAGCUGGCGCGAAUCCGGACCCUGGAGCGUGAGCUGCUGCACAUGCGCGUGGAGCACACGCAGCUCCUCCACCGGGUGAAGCGACGCUUCCAGGAGGACAAGUCCGCUUUUGAGCGCGAGGCGCGCCUGCAAGUGCAGUCCCUGACGCGCCGCUCAGAGCGGGAGGCGGCGCGUGCCCUCAUUGCUCACACACAGGGCAUCAGGGCCGACAAUGGGCGUCUCCGACUUGAACUCCUGAGGCUUCUCAUCCGGGCCCAGGUACUGCAGGAUUUGAAACUACACCUGAAAGAGCAGCGGGAGCAGCUGCGCAGGGAGCACGAAGACGUGCGGAACCUGCAGUGUGUGCACGGCUGGCUGCACCGGGGUCCCGGGGGGCCACCACUCUGGCAGCCGCCCCAAAUCCACCAUCCCAACUUGCGCAUCGGGUCACUUGCCACCGUGUUGGAAUCAUCCUAUGCAACUUUAGGCGCCCAGGCUAUAGCCCAAUCACGUGUGGCCUCCCGGGCCUCGUCGUUGGCCCAGUCAUACCGAACCUCCCUGACUCCUUCGGUAAAGUCUUUUGAGUCUUCUCAGCCCCAGUCUCGGAAGGCUGGGUCUGUGGUUGCUCUCCUGAGUCCAUCACGUCCGGGAUCCCGCCCCCCAUCCCUGACUCCCUCGCACCCGGGCUCGCGUAUCUCGUCCCUGACCAAGUCAAGAAAGAACUCCAGGGUUCCAUCCCUGGCUGUCUCGUCAGCUACUUCUGUCUUGCAGCCGCGGUCGCGCAAGAGCUCUCGGAUCUCUCCACAGCCUUCCUUGCGUGAGUUCUCUCAAGAGACUGACAUCUCUGCAAAGUCUAGCUCCAAGCUUCUCCCUGUUCUGUCGCAGGAUCGAGUCCCUCUCAGCCCACAACCGGAGGAGACAGCAAACACUGAUGAUGAUGCCACAGAAGGUGUCUUGGGGCAAGCCUAAACCUACGGCAGCGGGGAGGCCAGUAGGACUAUGAGGUGGGAGAAGCAUACCCUGAAAGCUUUCUCGGUACAUAAAGGUGUUAAUAAAAAUGUAAAAUAAACCCCAUGAUGGCGCCUGCCUGGUUCGCUGCCCCUGUAUUUCAGGUGUGCAGAGGAGGGGCGCAGAGGCCUGCCAUGUGUGAUACAAGGGAGCUUGAUGUCUCCUUGUCUGCUGGAAUUCGAUGUCCUUCCACCAACAGCCAACCUGGGUAGGGAGCCAGCAAGGCAGGCUGGGGCUGUGCUCAGGGGAAGUUGAGUAGUGUCAAUUUCAAGGGAAUUUCUGCAGAAGACAGUUGUCCCCAUCACCACAGGAGAACCUACUGGGGCUUUCCCAGUCAUUUAAAAAUACGUAUUUUCCAAUUUAGGGAAGACUGCGAGAAUUAUGCGGAAAUUCCCAUUGCCACAAUCUCGACAAACAGGGAUGGAUACAGGUUAUGUUUGGGUCUUUGAAUCAUCUGGGAUUCUGCUGGAGACAGUUGUGCCCCUUAAUUUUAAACACAACUCUGUGUGUUUACUGGCUAGAACUUUGGCCUGUUUUUUUCUGGUGCUGGGGUUGAACCAGGGCCACAUGCGUGAUAAACAAACCUGAGCUACAUCCCUAGCCUUGUCCAAUAUUUCUUCAAGACACAAUCACAAUUAGGAAAUUCACCCUGGAGAAAAUACUAUCAACAAAAUUAUACUGGGCAAUCAGAUUUCGUCACUGGUGUCCAUAGCUACCUAUGCCCCUUUCCUGGGUCACAUCUUGCAAUCCAUUGUCCUGUCCUUUUAUAUUUGUUUUGCUUUUUGUUGUUGUUGUUGUUUGUUUUGAGACAGGGGCUCUCUAUGUCGAUCAAGCUGGCCUUGAACUCAGAGAUCCACCUGCCUCUGCCUCUCAAGUGCUAGGAUUAAAGGUGUGCUCUACCACCACCCAGCAACAAAACUGUAUUUAAAAACAACAAUUUUUUUAGGGGUUGGAGAGAUGGCUCAGCACUGGUUGCUCUUCUGGAGGUCCUGAGUUCAACAGGCUGUGUGUGUGUGUGUGUGUGCGUGCAUGUGUUUUACUUUCAUGUAUAUAUAUGUACCAUGUGCAAGCCUUGUCAAAGGGGGUGGCUGAUCCCCAGGAACUGGAGUUACAGAUGGUUGUGAGCCAUGGUGUGGGUUUGGGGAACCAAAGCUGGGUCCUCGGCAAGAGCAGCAACUGCUUACUUAUCACUGAGCCAUCUUUCCAGCUCCCUACAUGUAGUCUUGUAGACAACAGUCAAGUUCCAGGACCUACAGAAUUACUGAAUGAUGAGAGGAGCGUUAGGCCGUGUGGGAGUACGUCCUACUGCCCAAGAACAGCCUCAUGACCAUCCCUCUCUGUCAGAUCCAACAUCAGAUACUGAAAUCUCCCUUGGAUGUGCUAUGUAUGUCUAGAAGGAAGUGUGCAUGCAUACGGGUGUGCUUGUGAAGGCCGGAGUUCAACAUCAUUGGGUCUUCCUUAAUCACUCUCUGUGAUUAAUGAGACAGGGUCUCUUGCUGAACCUUGGCUAGUCCAGCUAGCCAGCUUGCCCCAGCAGCCCUGUCUCCACCUCCCAAACUCUAGAUGAUGGGUGGGCCACAUGCUCAUCCAGCCUUUUUAGGUGAGUGCUAGGGCUCCAAACUUGGAUCCUCACGCUUGCCUAGCAAGUUCUUUAUCCAGUGAGCCAUCUCCCACCCCUCAGACGCUGCAACCUCAGUGUGAUACACUUGCUAAAUAUUACUACUGCCAUCUGGGCUGAUUUUGAGAGGCCAGGCACUCUCACUAAAUCAAGCCUACCAACAUUCCCUGUGAAGGGGGUGGGUCAUCAGACCACGUCUAAGAUCCUGGCUGCUCCCUGCUGCCAGCCUCCAACUGUGUCUAAUACUGCCCCAGCUGCAAGCGGGCCCGAGAAGUGCUAGUGUAGGGGAGAGGUGUUAAGUGAAGGUGGGACCAGGCGUGAAGCUUUUCCAUUAUGCAGCUGCUGUAAAAUGAGUCAAAGACUGGUUGGCCAGGCUGGACUCGAAUGGCAUCCUUCCUUUGAUCUCUCGGGGGUGGCUGGUGUCUGGUGAGUACGGUGAGUACCGCGGCCUCUGGGGUGAUUCGAGUGAGAAAUGUUCCCCCCGGGCUCGGCUGCUUGAGUGCUUGGUGUCCAGUUGGUGGCGCUGUUUGGGGAGGUUGGGGAGGUUACCGCCCUGCUAGAGGAAAUGCACAUUGGAGGCAGGCUUUUCGAUUAAAAGCCUCAUCCUACUUCCAACUCUGUCUUUGCUUAGUGCUUGUGGUUGAGGACGUGCGUUCUCAGCUUCCUGCUGCUACUGCCGUGCCUCCUUGACUCGUGGACUCUUCUUCCUCUGGCACUGUAAGUCAAAAUAAACUCUUCCUUAAGUUGC